GCAGGAGCACAGGAAAGAGGAAGAAGAAAUGGCCAGGGUGACCCUGGAUGCCAGCACAGCCCACCCUCGCCUGCUGGUGUCUGGGGACGGGCUCAGCGCCCGCUGGGAGUUCAGCCUCCAGCCCCCAGCAGCGGGGCCCCAGCGCUUCCAGACCGACCCCUGUGUCCUGGCCCACCAGAGCUUCGCCUCUGGGAGACGCUGGUGGCUGGUGGAUCUGAGCCAGGGCCAGUUCUGUGCCGUGGGGGUCUCCAGGGAGUCGCUGCCCAGGAGAGGCUCGGUGGGCUUCUGCCCCGAGGAGGGGAUCUGGUGCUUCCAGACCCGAGCCCUCACCCGCCCCCCAACGCUGCUCAGCCUCCCCAGGGUCCCCAGGAGGAUCAGGGUGUCCCUGGACUAUGAGUGGGGGGAGGUGGGCUUCUUUGAUGUGGACAACCAGACCCCCAUCUUCACCUUCCCCCCGGCCUCGUUCCGCGGAGAGAGGCUGCGCCCGUGGUUCUGGCUGGAGCUGGGGUCCCUGUCCCUGCCCUGCUGA